UUCUCAGAUUUCAGCAACCAGGAGCCUAACAUAUCUACAGUGACGGUUGAAGACACAAAUCAGCAACCAUGAAUGGCACAGAGGGACCAGACUUUUACGUUCCCAUGUCUAAUUUAACCGGUAUGGUACGCAGCCCUUACGAGUAUCCACAGUACUACCUGGCAACUCCAUGGGCAUUCUACUGCAUAGCUGGUUACAUGUUCUUCCUUAUCGUUACCUGCAUCCCAGUCAACUUUCUCACACUGUACGUGACCAUCAAAACUAAGAAGCUUCGGACACCUCUGAAUUAUAUCCUUCUGAAUCUGGCUGUGGCUGACCUCUUCAUGGUUUUUGGUGGAUUCACCACCACCUUCUACACGUCCUUACAUGGAUACUUUGUCCUAGGCCGUGGGGGCUGCAACCUGGAAGGCCUUUUUGCCACACUUGGUGGUGAGAUUGCACUCUGGUCCCUUGUCGUCUUGGCUGUUGAAAGGUGGGUGGUGGUGUGCAAGCCCUUUAGCAAAUUCCGCUUUGGGCAGCUCCACGCCACCUUUGGAGUUGCGAUUACUUGGAUAAUGGCCUGUUCAUGUGCCAUACCCCCUCUCCUCGGAUGGUCUCGCUAUAUACCUGAGGGUUUGCAGUGUUCAUGUGGUGUGGACUAUUACACGUUGAAGCCUGAGGUUGCGAACGAGUCAUUCGUCAUUUACAUGUUUAUCGUUCACUUCUCAAUCCCUCUCACCAUCAUUUCUUUCUGCUAUGGCCGUUUGCUCUGCACUGUCAAAGUAGCAGCCGCUCAGCAGCAAGAAUCGGAGACUACCCAGAGGGCAGAGAAAGAGGUUACCCGCAUGGUUAUCAUCAUGGUCAUCUCAUUCCUAAUAUGCUGGGUCCCCUAUGCUAGUGUAGCUUGGUACAUCUUCACCCACCAGGGCAGUGAGUUUGGUCCCAUCUUCAUGACUGUUCCGGCAUUCUUUGCCAAGAGCUCUGCACUCUAUAAUCCACUCAUUUACAUCUGUAUGAACAAGCAGUUCCGCCACUCUAUGCUGUUAAUACUGUGUUGUGGCAAGGAUCCCUUCACAGAGGAGGAAGGAACUUCCACUUCUGCAUCCAAGACAGAGACUUCAUCGGUCUCCUCCAGCUCAGCAUCUUCUGCCUGAAGGCCAUGCUUUAAGCAACUUGCGCAACACACAAUUUUUGCUACCUGCAACCUAUUACAACCACAGUGAGGACACAUGGAAAAUUCUGAAAUGGCAGAUAGAGUUGUAUCCUUAUUGUCUUUGUGGACAGGCAUUUCAAAACAUCUGUGAAUAGGUAAUAUGUGCAAUUAUCAUCAAUAUUAUAAUUGUGUAACAAGAACAGCACUUUAUAUCGUUUGGAAAUGAAUUCAACCAAUGUGUUUACAAAUAAAUGCAUCAAAAAAUAUAUACAGUAUAUGGUAUCAUUAAGUCUAACUGAAGUUGAACAAGAGAAAUUAAACCUCUAUAUCAUUAUAUCACUCCACAAAAUGCUAAAUUAAAUUAAAUAAGAGUUGAACAUUGCAUCAAUUCAAUGCCAUUUCAUAACAGGUGCAAAAGAACAAUGUGUGAUACAAUUUAUAUGGGUGUAUGAAUGAAUCCAACAACCAUUUUUAAGGUAACUGCCAAUGUAGGUUUUAUAUUGCAUUUAAUGUAAAAAGUGGUUAUCUACUAUAAUCUAGAUACCACAAUAAUACUACAGUUAUUUGCAAUACUGCAGAACGUGUUUCCUUACUAUUAUCAAGACAAGUACAAUAACACUGAUUUCAAAAGUCAGUUGUAAACAAAUGCAUUUUCCUGUCAUGUAUGUGUACA